AAAGAUGCAAACAGACCCAAAAGGCCAAGAUCCGCCUACAUCAUAUGGUUACUUGAUUUCAGAGCACAAGUCAAAAGUAGAUUUGUCGGCAACAAGGAGUUACUCCGAGCAGCCGGUGAAGAAUGGCGCAAGAUGACAAGCAUUGACAAGUUACCUUAUGCUAGAUUGGCCGAACAAGAGAAACAGAAGUACGGAGAAGCCAUGAAAGGUUACAAUAUGGUAAGUCAGUCUAAUAAAUCUCUUUGUCAGCCCAGUAAUUUGCCAUUCUGA